AUGGCCGUUCUAUCAUUUGUUCUCUACGUUGUAGAGAACAAGUUCGAAAUUCUUUACAAAUCAUCGGAAUUGAUAAAAGAAGUCGACUUCCCAAACUUUCUUCCAAUUUUUGAAAUGGAGAUGAGCGAUAGGGAUAACAUGUUCAUCAAAGCCAUUUCCAGGCACGCCAAGACAAUUCCAAAACGUUUCGCUAACGAAACCGACAUGAAGCUCAUCAUCCUGGCUAUGACCGACAACUCUUUCUUCGACAUGGCUCUCAAUCUCUACAUGACAAGUUUUAAAAGGUUCAACAUCACCAACUUCCUGUUCGUUGGGGCGGGAAAUAUUGCAUGCCGAAGCUUACUAGAGCUGAACAUUCAGUGUUUUUAUUUCACUGAAGAUAAAAAUUCCAACGAAUCAAAUUUGUUCGGUUCGCUAAAGUUCGUACGAAAAAUGAACAUAAGAACGGAUAUGAUUAUUAAAGCACUGAGGGCCAAUUUCUCAGUACUUCAUACAGAUAUCGACGUCGUCUUCCUUAACAAUCCUAUGCCAUAUGUUGAGAAAUCAUUGAAAGCUUUCAACAUGGCUAUUCUUUGGGACUAUUCCGUGUACAAUGCUGGAUUUUUGGCCAUAAAACCAACGCAGUUUUCACUAGAAGUUUACUUAGAGAUGCAGUACAAAACAAACAAGUCGGCAUCGCUGGACGAUCAGACGGCUCUCAACAGCGCCAUCGGACAUCUGCGAAAAAAAUACAAAAAUAAUCCUCAAUUCAGCUCGGUUGGCGUACUGGAUAAAUCAAAAUUUCUAUGUGGAAAGUCUUAUUAUGAAGUGGUCGAUCGUAACUUUCCAACAAACAACGGAUCCAACAACUGUCCGGGCUGUCUGGUGGUGCACAACAACUGGAUAGUGACUAUGGAAGCUAAAGUCUACCGUUUCAAAGAAAGCCUCAUGUGGGUGGUCGAUAAAAAUGGAUACUACUCCGAUAACGAGAAAAAGUACUUGCUUUACAACAAUCCUUACCUCACUUCCCCGCCCGCCAAUUUCUCUACCGAAGUAGAGGAAUUGAAUGCUCUCAAAACUGCAUUUGCUCUGGCACAGAUGCUCAACAGAACACUGAUUCUUCCUAGAUUCCAUUGUCUCGGUCCAAAAAAUCCACGUGAAUGCUCCAUCUUACACUGGGUUUAUGUGAGAACGUUGGACGCUUUUUUUGAAUACAGAGAGAACAGCUUUCUCUCCAACGCUCUCGUUCCACAAUCCAUCAAAAAAGAUCUCAGUCAGCAGUGUCCAUAUGGAACCAAACAAAUAAAAAUUUCUAUAAAGGAAAAUCUUUGUUCACCGAAAUUGAAAAAUGACACAACAGGCUGUUUGGAGCCAGUCUGGAACUUCAUCGAUACUAAAGACAGCAUGAUGUUUAACGAUUUAGUUCGAUAUUCUUUUGAUAGAGGCGUUUCAUUAAACUUCAGAAAUUAUUCUCAAAUUCCUGAAAGGGAACUUUUAAAUUUAUUAAAUGGUUGCGACGAUCAAGUUUUGUAUGUGGCAUCUCUGCUUGGAGUUCAAGUAGUUUUUGAUGAGAAAUCCACCAGCGAAAAAUUUAAUGCAAAAAUUAAAGAUGGAAUAAAAAGAAAAAAUUAUCUUCAAUACUGA